ACAGAGACGAGGAGGCAGGAACAACUGGGGGUUGAAGGUCGGACGGAAGUUCCCAAAGCUUCCGGUGGCCGUCUUGAGCGGGAGCAAUGGCUAAACAUCAUCCGGACUUGAUAUUUUGCCGCAAACAGGCUGGUGUUGCCAUCGGAAGACUGUGUGAAAAAUGUGAUGGCAAGUGUGUGAUCUGUGACUCCUAUGUGCGGCCCUGCACCCUGGUGCGCAUAUGUGAUGAGUGUAACUAUGGCUCUUACCAGGGGCGCUGUGUGAUCUGUGGAGGCCCAGGAGUCUCGGAUGCCUAUUAUUGUAAGGAAUGCACCAUCCAGGAGAAGGAUGUGGAGAGAUGGUUGCCCAAAGAUUGUCAAUUUGGGGAGUUCUAAGACAGAUCUCUUCUAUGAACGCAAAAAGUAUGGCUUCAAGAAGAGGUGAUUGAUGGGCCUCUUCCUCCCCCAAUCAAGGUGCUCCAGCUUCCAGAAAAAAACGCCUACUACCGCCAGCAGAGGGAGGGAGUGCAGAGUAUCACCUGAUCUGUUAGUAUGCUGGCACCUUUCCACCCUUUCCUGUCCUCACCCAGUCGUGUGGUAGAAAUGAAAAAGAUUGCUCACAGAGCACUCUGGCAGAUGUAUCAGAGAUAGAUUGACAGAUCAGUUCUUGGUUUUUCUUGAAUUCAAGGAGUCUGCUUCCCAAAAAUUGGUAUGUUCUCUCUACACCAAGAGCUUCUAAAACAGGAAUAAAAGCAUUUCAGUCUUGUGUUUGGGGAGUUGACUCUGAAGCUACUGCAGUGAGAAGCGUGUUCCGACAGCAGCUUGGAUGGUAGUUGUCCUUCGUGAAACAUCUGCAGUGGGGAGGGGAGCUCUUCCAACAAUGUGGGCAUUUCAUCUUGUUAACACUUAACCAGGUGGUACUGGCACAUGUUACAUCUCUUCUGAGAAAUUGGAAAGCCUUUCUGUUGCUAUCAUAUUAAUAAAGUAGGUGUUUAUUUUCUUGUA